AUGUCAAACAGGAACCCAGACUCAUACCCUAUGUCACUCAAAUCAUACAUCCUAGGAAGCUACAUCUUCCAGAAACUUUUCUCCCUCUCAAUUUGGUUCAUCCUUCUCGGGAUCCCUACAAUCAUCAUCGUCACCCUCUUCUUCUACACCGCCAAGGGCACCGGGAAUGUCGCCGGAUUCAUCGUCGACAAGACCGCAAAACGCGUCAGGAGUUAUCAGCUACAGCAGCGGAAACGUGACAAGGUCGAGCCUGCUAUUGGAUCACAGCAACAACAGCAACAACAAUAUCGAGCCAACACCUUUGUCUGA